AUGGUCGCUUUCUUAUCCACAUUCUUCUUUUUCUUCUCCUCCGCCUCCUCUUCUUUCUCUUCGUCGCAUACUUGUCCCCUUCUUCUUCUUCUUGCCCCCUUCUUCUUCUUCUUCUUCUCCUCCUCCUCUUUCUCUCCGGCGCUUUCUUGUCUCCCUUCCCCUUCUUCUUCCCCUUCUUCUUCUUCUUCUUCUUCUUCUUCUCUUCGUCGCUUUCUUGUCCCCUUCACCCUUCUUCUUCUCUUUGGCGCUUUCUUGUCUCUCUAUUCUUCUUCUUCUCCUCUUUCUCUUCAUCGCUUUCUUGUCCCUUUCCCCCUUCUUCUUUGUCGCUUUCUUUCUGUUUCUUUUUCUUCUUCUUCUUCUUCUUCUUCUUCUUCUUCUUCUUUCUUCUCCCCUUCCCCUUCCCCUUCUUCUUCUUCUUCGUCGCUUUCUUUGGCUCCUCCCCUUCUUCUUCUCCUCUUUAUCUUCGUCACUUUUUUGUCCCCUUUCCUUCUUCUUUUUUCUUCUUUGUUGCUUUCUUGUCUCCUUUCCCCUUCUUCUUCUUCUUCUCUUCGUCGCUUUCUUGUCUCUCUAUUCUUCUUCUUCUCCUCUUUCUCUUCGUCGAUUUCUUGUCCCCUCCCCCCUUCUUCUUCUUCUUCUUCUCUUCGUAGCUUUCUUGUCUCUCUAUUCUUCUUCUUCUCCUCUUUCUCUUCGUCGAUUUCUUGUCCCCUUUCCCCUUCUUCUUCUCUUUGUCGCUUUCUUGUCUCUCUAUUCUUCUUCUUCUUCUCUUUCUCUUCGUCGAUUUCUUGUCCCCUCCCCCCUUCUUCUUCUUCUUUUUUGUCGCUUUCUUGUCUCCCUUCUUCUUCUUUUUCUUCUUCUUCUUCUCUUCAGCGCUUUCUUGUCUCCUUCCCCCUUCUUCUUCUUCUUCUCUUCUUCUUCGUCACUUUCUUGUCUCCUCCCCCAUUCUUCUUCUCCUCUUUCUCUUCGUCGCUUUUUUGUCCCCUUUCCCCUUCUUCUUCUUCUUCUUCUUCUUCUUCUUCUUCUUCUUCUUCUUCUUCUCUCGUUCUUACUCUGUCAAUGUUUACUGUCUCAUCUCACUAA